AGGCGCGGCUGCCCGAGCGCCGGAGCCCAGACGUGGCUCCCGGGCGGAAGAAACAAUGUUGGAUUUCGCCAUCUUCGCCGUCACCUUCUUGCUGGCGUUGGUGGGAGCCGUGCUCUACCUCUACCCGGCUUCCAGACAAGCUGCAGGAAUUCCAGGGCUUACUCCAACUGCAGAAAAAGAUGGUAACCUCCCAGAUAUUGUGAACAGUGGAAGUUUGCAUGAGUUCCUGGUUAAUUUGCAUGAGAGGUUUGGGCCUGUGGUUUCUUUCUGGUUUGGCAGUCGGCUUGUGGUCAGUUUGGGCACCGUGGAUGUGCUAAAGCAGCACAUAAACCCCAACAAGACAUCGGACUCUUUUGAAACCAUGCUGAAGUCAUUAUUGAGGUAUCAGUCAAGUGGUGAGAGUGUGAGCGAAAUCCACAUGAGGAAAAAAUUGUAUGAAAAUGGGGUGACUACUUCUCUACAGAGUAAUUUUACUCUUCUGCUAAAGCUUUCAGAAGAAUUGUUAGGUAGAUGGCUUUCCUACCCGGAGGGCCAGCAUGUACCCCUCAGCCAGCAUAUGCUUGGUUUUGCUAUGAAGUGCGUUACACAGUUAGUCAUGGGAAGUACAUUUGAAGAUGAACAGGAAGUCAUUCGCUUCCAAAAGAAUCAUGGCACAAUUCAGGAUAAUAGUAUAUUUUUCUACUUUCAGGUUUGGACUGAGAUUGGAAAAGGCUUUCUAGAUGGGUCGCUUGAUAAAAAUACAACUUGGAAAAAGCAAUAUGAAGAUGCAUUUUUGCAGCUGGAAUGUACCUUAAAGAAAAUCAUUAAAGAGCGAAAAGGAAGGAACUUUAGUCAACAUAUUUUCAUUGAUUCCUUAGUACAUGGGAACCUUAAUGACCAACAGAUUUUAGAAGAUGGUAUGAUAUUUUCGCUGGCCGGGUGCAUGGUAACUGCAAAAUUGUGUACCUGGGCAAUCUGUUUUUUGUCUACCUCUGAAGAAGUUCAAAACAAACUAUAUGAAGAAAUAGACCAAGUAUUUGGGAAAGGACCUGUUACUCCAGAAAAAAUUGAACAUCUCAGAUAUUGUCGGCAAAUACUUUGUGAAACUGUUCGGACUGCCAAACUGACACCAGUUUCUGCCCGGCUUCAGGAUAUUGAAGGAAAAGUGAACCAGUUUGUAAUUCCUAGAGAGACUCUUAUUUUGUAUGCCCUUGGAGUGGUUCUCCAGGAUCCUGAUGCUUGGCCGUCACCAUACAAGUUUGAUCCAGACCGGUUUGCAGAUGAGUCAGUAAUGAAAACUUUCUCCUCACUUGGAUUUUCGGGCUCACAGGAAUGUCCAGAAUUGAGGUUUGCGUAUACAGUGUGCACGGUACUUCUGAGUGUAUUGGUAAGGAGACUUCGCCUGCAUUCCGUGGAGGGACAAGUUGUUGAAAUGAAGUAUGAAUUAGUAACAUCAUCAAGGGAAGAAGCUUGGAUCACUGUCUCAAAGCGAUAUUGAACUUAUAUACAUUUAAGGUUUUUGUUAAAUUGAACAAGGAAAAUGUCCAUUUAGAAAAUUUGUGUUGUAUACUUUCAUAAACCGAAUGUCAUUUUGUAAUAUAAACCUACUAGCACUUUAUUAUGUAAAUUUGACUUUACAUAUAAAUUUUUAAUUGCAUGGUAAACAUUUAUACUUUUUAUAACAAUGUGUUGAUAAUUUUAUUGGAAAUAUUUACUUGUAUUUUUCAUCACUUUCUAUGCCAUUAUUUGCAUAUCCUCUUUCUUUGUUUCAUUUCUAAAAGGUAUUUUUUAUUGGAGUGAGGCUUUGCUAUGGCAGUUAAGGUGCCGUUGGAAGUGCCCACAUCCCAUAUCUGAGUUCCUGGGUUCAGAUCAUAGCUUUACUUCUGGUCCCCGCUUCCUGCCAGUAUUCAGUCUUAGAGGCUAUGGAUGAUUAGUUAAUCAGGUAGUUAAUUAGAUCCCUGCCAGUCAUGUCCAAAACCUGGGUUGAGCUCUGGACUCCAGUUUCGGCCUGGUUCCACUUUGGCCAGGGCAGAUAGUUGGGGACUGAACUGCUCGAUGGAAGAUCUCUGUUUUUUUGCUGCAUAUUUCUUAACUUUCAAAUAAAAUGGAAAAGAAAAAUUCUUGAAGAGCAAAGCUACUUUGUACAAAUUAGGGAAUCAUGUUUUCUGAGAAUUUUAUAAAAAGACAUAAUCUUAAUUCUUUUUUAAAAAAAGAUUUAUUUUUAUUGGAAAG